UGUUUCACCAUCUUAUGGCAAGAAUCCGAUAUUCAGGCUCUUCAACUACUGAACUCCGAGAAGCAAUGGGUAAUGGCACCACCGAUCCCCAGAACGCUUGUUAUCAAUAUCGGUGACCAGCUUGCACGAUGGACGAGUCGAUCGUGCAUAGAGCGAUCAACAGGGAGUGGCGUUCGCCGAUAUUCCAUUCCUUUGUUCUUCGGCACGGAUUACCACGUCCAGAUCAAGAUCAAUGACCCCGCCCAGCCCAUGCCGAGUUGUGUAUCCCCUGAGAGGCCGCCCAAGUACGAACCCGUCGCUGCAGGGGACUACGUCCACCAGCGCCUGCAGGAGGAACCUGUCAUGGUCGAUAGGUCAAAUUGA